AUGGAGGACUACCAAAUAAUCGAGUCUAUCGGUGAGGGCUCCUUUGGUAAAGUGUACAAAGCCCGCAUCAAGGGCACGGGUCAAAUAGUAGCAAUGAAAUUCAUCGUCAAGAAGGGAAAAAACGAGAAGGAGCUCAAAAAUCUUCGAAGCGAGAUCGAGAUUUUGACGAAGCUGAAUCAUCCACAUAUUAUCAUGCUUUUCGACUCCUUUGAGACGGAUUCUGACUUUGUAGUGGUGAUGGAGUAUGCGCAGGGUGAGCUGUAUGAUAUCCUGGAGGAUGACAAGCAGCUGCCGGCAAAGGAGGUCCAAAAGAUUGCAAAGCAACUCAUCCAGGCACUGAACUACCUUCAUUCUAAUCGAAUUAUCCACCGCGAUAUGAAGCCACAAAACAUCUUAAUUGGCCAGAACGGCGCUGUAAAACUAGCAGAUUUUGGCUUUGCGCGCUCCAUGAGCUACAACACAAUCGUACUAACAAGCAUCAAGGGUACACCGCUCUACAUGGCACCGGAGCUGGUGCAAGAGCGCGCGUACGACAACCGAGUUGAUCUGUGGUCGCUAGGCUGCAUCCUGUAUGAGCUGUACUACGGCAAGCCACCCUUCUACACGAACAAUCUUUUUGCAUUGAUCAAAAAGAUUGUUUGUGAGCCCGUCAAGUACGACUCGAAGGCAAAUGAUCCGAUCAGCCCCGAAUUCAAGAGCUUUCUUAGCGGCCUCUUGACUAAGUCCGCGUCAUCACGGCUCAAUUGGCCUGAGUUGCUGAACCACCCAUUUGUGCAGCUGACGAUGAGUGACGCGUCGUGGCAGGAUGCUAUUAUGCAGCAUGAUGCGAAGAUGAAGGCCCGAAUGGAUCGGCUGGGGUGUCUUCGACUCCAUGGGAACGCCGGCCGUGCGGCCCCAAAGCGCCAAUCGACCCAAAACGAUGAUAUUCUCAACACGAAGACAGUGCAAAAACUCAUGAGCGGUUGCGAGUUCGAGGUCUGUGCCACUCUUACCCAGCUGGUGCGAAUGACUAGCGCGUCCAAUGGGGACGUGACAAAAAGCACUGGCCUUCUUGCGGUGUUUGACUCUGGGGUCCUGGAGGCUGCGUUGACGCUGCUCAACGAGAGGCAGUCGGUGAAAGUUGUCGGUUUAGUGCUGCAGCUCGUGCAAGUGUUGGUUUUUCCGGAAGAUGGUGAUGUGCUUCCCUUUCCUUCCCAGCGUCCGAAGCGCGACGGAGUGGCGGUGUUAGAGGAAAAGCACUCACGCCAGCAGGAAGAUCUGUUUAUUCGGCAGCAGGUUGCUCUGACGCUGAUGAAGAAGCCUCACACGGCGCUCGAUUUCAUAAUUGGCGAAAUAAGCAGCGACGCGAAUUCUCUUGCGGAAACGUGUGUGAAGAUCAUGUUUCAGUGUUUCCGUUGGGAGAACAGGUUUGGACCGAUGGUGACGCAGCUGCAGGCUUUUCCGGAGAUGUGGGCGGCCAUCCUCAAAUCAGUCAACCACAACAGUGUUUCAAGGGGCAAGACGUCGUACGAGUACGCGGCUCUCGUUUUUCACACAGUGUCUAUUGUUAUUCCGCACAUCAAGCUGGCAUCCCCGCAGCGGAUAAAUCGUGAGGGGGUGCUGGAGCUAGUGACACAAGCACUCUCCGCUGUCUGCUACUACGAGACCGGGGCAGUAGACGCGCAUCGGAAUAAAAUUCCCCCGUUAACCUAUGCAGCGGCAGCGGCUCUUCUUAUCGCCUUCGCUCACCGAGAGCUGAAGGACAUUGUCUCGUUUAAAGUGAAUGAUGCUCUGCUAGACGGGAUUUAUUCCAUCGUUGAUACCGUGUCAGACGCGCCGAAUCGCCCCGUGACGCCGCGGGCGCUGGGAAGCAGCUAUUGGUAUCCUGAUUACGGCUUGCUAGAUGGCGUCGCUCAUAUGCUGUCGUUGAUUUUCUCAGACUCAGACUCGCUCGUCUACGCCAAGCUCCCCGACAGAUUAGAGCACAGGUUUUUGGAGAGUGAUACCAAAAACCUAGCAUUGCUGGUUAUGACACUUCUGCGUGACAGCGAUCCAAUGAUGGAGCUGUCACCCAACGGCGUCCAGACGCUGUUGCGAGCAGCGCAGCAGAUCUUUCAGCAGCAGAAGGAGCAAGCUCUCUCGAUGAGUCUGUUGAUGGAGCCGAUAGCCCCGUAUUCAGGGGAGUCGGGGAGCCUAUACUGGCUCUCAGUCAUCUGCCGCACCAUGAAAACUGACUACUUCCGUCAGCUUUUUUACUGGCCAGCAUGUCGCGGCGGUGGCGCGACCGGCGUCAGCGCGCACGUGACGAUCGUGUCUCAGAUUUUGUCCGACUCGCUACGGCCCGUGAGCUCGUCCUCAAAUCCAACACAUUUGGAGGACAAGCUGCUGAGCGACAUCAGCCGCGUGCUGCACAAGGAGAAAGUUGUCGAGCUGCUUGUGCACGCUAUGGACUACUCUGAGGGAGUUUUUCUCGGGAAUCCGUUUGCCAUCAUCGCGAAGCUGUGCGCCAACUCCGCAGACUCUAUCAAGGCUUUCAUAGACUGCGGUGGCGUAGACGCUGCUCGAAUUAGGCGCAUUCUCGACCCAGACAAAGCAGGGACAGGGUUGAUGUCGGACGGGUUGGUCGUGCUAUCACAAAUGGCACGCAUGUCUGCAGAGUUUUACGAGCCCAUUCAUAGAUCCAACCUAUAUGAUUGCGUGGCUGCACUCCUCCAGCACUCAGAAAAAGACUUGCGCGGCAAGACGUGCACGCUUAUCGGGAAUCUGUGCAAACACUCUGACUUCUUUUUUGAGCCACUUGAAAAGAACCACAUUGUGGGGCGACUGGUGAAGUGCUGUAGCGACAGCGACGCGCAGACUCAGAAGCUCGCAGCGUUUGCCAUUGGGAAUGCUGCGUUUCACAGUGACUACCUGUAUAAUCUGCUAAGCCCAGCCAUUCCCUCGUUGGUGGGCCUUCUGGCGUGUGGGGACGCUAAGGCGCGUCAAAACGCCGCCGGUGCGCUGAGCAACUUUGUUCGGAACGGCGACCAGCUUGUGAGCCCCUUGGCUGAGUCUAGCGUAGUGGAAUCUCUGCUGAGGAUGUUGCGUGAUGACGACUCUCUGUCAUCGAAAAAGGUUGCAGUGCUCACCAUCAACUCGUUUUGUGCAUACGACAUAUUCCGCCGCAGGUUUGUUGCGCUGAACUUGCGAGAGGAUAUUCGCAAACUGCAACAGGACCCUACCGCGGGCGCGGACCCCUCAAUUCAAAAGUACGUUGGCAAACUCGUGGAUCGGCUUGGCUGA